AUGGAUGUGUCCUUCGACCCAGUUCGGUGCGCCGAGCUUCAUAACCAACUUCUCACAAAAGCAAUCUCCAGAAUCCCCGACGCAGCGCAAGAAGUCAAACGUGACGUGCUAGCACGAUGGCGCGAUUUACCCCCAGAGAAGCGGCCAUUCAAAAUUCCUGAAGAGGAACCGCUCUACACGUUUCUGUCGUUCAUCGAUAGCUACAAACCCAACGAUCUCCCGUUGACAGCCGAGUUUUGCCAGCCUGAGCCAUCGUGGUUUGACGACAACUUCCAAGAGCUAGAUGAUCGACGCAUCAUUCUGCUCUAUGCGGAUGAGACCAACACACCAAAAACGGAUGGCGGUCUUUACUUCAAUCUUGAUACUGACUUGGUCUGCUGGACUCGCCUCCGGGGAUGUGGCAGAUUCCUACCUGAUGAGCAAUGGGUCCCGCUUGAACUAGCUCUUCGCAAGGCGUUGAACAUGUGGGAACUCGGCAAGUUCGCCUGGGGAGGUGAAACAGGCUGGUACCGGUCUAAAGAAGCGGUUUCCUACGUAUCCUGGACACCUCAAGAUUUAACUAAGUCUCUUCGUCGCUGGGAAUAUUUACUUGAAGCUAUCCAGUCUCGCCUUCCUGAGGGCACACCAAGGUCACCUUUUCUGGACCCCCUGUCUGCCGACCUGGUCAACAAAUUCCAGCUAAGCUCAUUUGCGAAAGCCUUCCUCUGUGCUGCAAAAUGCCCUUCUUUCAAACAUGUCGCACCCGGGAUCACGGCCUUUACACCGGAAACAUUUGCCGCCAUCUACGGGGCAGAGUCUCCCACGAGCCGUCGCCUACAAAUUGAACAGGAGGGCGGGUUUGAGACUAUAUCACUCAUAUUACCCUCUACCGCUGGUCCGGUAGUGAAGAGCGAGGAUCGACACUUGUUUGACGGGGAAGACCAUCUCCCGUUGGCCGAUACGGAAUUGUACGAACAUCCUGGCCUAUAUAUGACCUUUGUGCAGCCCACAUCGGACGGGGAUGGGACGGAUCUAGUCACUGCUCAAGGUGCGAUGAAUCCAAUCCGAUUCGAUGGGUGUCGGCCGUGGGGACCAGGGGGCAACAUGCGACUUGAAGUCAUACUCGAUCUUUGGAUUGCACACGUGGUGCAUGGGACGUGGGAGGUUGGUCCCGAAGGAGUAUCUACGCCGGAUAGCUGGUUCACGGAUGCACAGACAAUAGAAGCUCGAAGACUGGUGUGGACAGAAGAUUGUCGUUGA